UGGGGCUGGCGGCCGCAGGGCUGCGGGGAGCAGGAGGUCCGGGACAUGCAGGAGCGGAACAGGAGACGCAGGAGGGGGGGAAAAUGAACGAGGUAAAAGAAUGUCUGAGAAACAUAGAACAGACUUACAAGAUCUUCCAGCAACAGCAGUUUACAUUUAUUGCAGCACUGGAACACACCCGAGAGGAUGCACACGACAAGAUCAGGCCUGUAGCAAGUAUUGGACAGGUGCAGGCAUACAUGGAUCAUCACUGUAACAACACUACCGACAGACGCAUCCUCCUCAUGUUCUUGAACAUCUGUAGUGAACUGAACAAACUCUGCCAAAAGCUAGAAGCCCUGCAUCCUGGUACCAGUGUAACGAACAAUAUUUUGGAGAAAUGCAAGCUGCUUGUUAGCCCCAGCAAUGACCUGAGCACCAUCCGAGCCAAGUAUCCUCAUGAUGUGGUGAAUCACUUGAGCUGUGAUGAAGCAAAGAACCACUACGGAGGUGUGGUGAGCCUCAUACCCAUAGUGCUGGACUGCAUGAAAGCAUGGGUGGCCCACAGUGAGAAGUUGCCUCGGAACUUCCUGCAUAAUGCAAGUUAGCUCCUGUUCUUUUGCCUCCUGCCUGAAGACACUCCUGAAUAAAUGUUUCCCGUGCAUUCAUGACUGUGUUUGCUAAAAUUUUGGGGGUGCUAUUAUCUUAAGGUGACCAGAUUUUUAAACAAGUAUCAACUGAGAUGGGAGGGUUGAGCAAACAAGGAAGUGCAGGAGGGAAUGGCAGUUCAGAAGGACAGGAAGUAUUUACAGGUGAACUUUCACAGCUUCUUACCUCCCCCUCUAUGUAUUUGUUCUCAUUCUCUUUCCCCACCGCUCAUACACUUUUCCAUAAGAUGUACAGGAAUCAUUGCACUAACCCUCCGCUCUGGGACAGACAUGAUUUCUUCAGCAAACUUCAUAAUUAUUUUUAAGUGAUCCUAUUCAAUUGAAACUACUGGGGAAUUCACACAGAUUUAAGAUUGUGGGUCUGUUUAAGACAUAGUUGCUAGUAGGAUUUAGGUAGAAAAAAGCCACUCCUUCUGUAGAAGGCUUUAUUUCAUAGCUGUAUCAUGGAGUGGCUUUAGAGAGAAAAAUUAGUCACUAACAGCAUCUAAAUACUUCAAAUCAAGUUUCAGGCCUGACUGUGCUAGGCACCGGACAGACGAGUAACAGGUAAAAUGUUCUUUGGGACAGGAACUGUUAAGCAGGAACUGUGGCCUAUGGGUUAGACUAUGGGCCUGAAGGUUAAAACUUCCAGGUCCUAUUCCCACCUCUGCUACUGACUCAUUGAAUAACCUUAAGUAAAAGGUCAUCUAACCUCUGUGGCUUAAUUUCCCAAUCUGAAAAUGAGGAGGAUACCUACUACACAGCAGAGGGGCUGGGAAGCUUAUUGCUUGUAAAAGCACCUUUUUAAAAUCCUUAGGUGAAAGGGGCUAUCACAAGGGUAAUUUUUACCUACUAAAAAUCAGUUUUUCCAAGGCCUUUGCUCUGUCAGCCCAGAGAGUGGGUGUAAGUCCUACCAGCAGCAAAGGAAAACUCAGGAGCGAUAUCACUCCUCCCAUGGAGAAGACUGGCUGAGCAUGGCCAAUUUGAGACUUCUAGAGCUCUGAAAGUAAAUCUGCAACGAAUAUCCUGAGUGUCUCCAGAUCCACAUACACAACAAACAUUGGGUGAUGUCUGAGUUUGCGUAACUAGGGAAACCAUCCUUCUGCCAUGUAAGUCAAAGGGAACAUUGACAUUGAUUUCAGUGAGAGAAGUAUCAGGACCUGUGUUAGCAAGUUAGAAACAACCCUUCUUCAGUAUCAGUGUGUGUCAGCCAGUCUGAACUUCCACAGCUGCACCUAACUCCAGAUGAGCACAAAUUCCUGCUUCAAGUCCAAUACCUGUGGCUGAACUAGAGCAUAUCUUCUAGAAAAACAUCCAAUCUUGAUUUUAACAGUUCCAGUGACGGAGAAUCCACCAGCACCCUUGUUAAGUUGUUCCAGUGGUUAAUUACUCUCACCCUAACAGGGUUCCAUUAUUUUGUCUAUGCUUAUGCUACACAGCAGAACUACAAGCGGUGCAGGGGAAGGGGGGAAAUCUAGCAAGGGUAUUUCCCGUUCAUUAAAAUCACCAACUUUUUUACUGCAAUACAAGUUGAUCAGAAAUCACCCUCUAAAUUUAGUUUUAAAAGGGUCAUAAGUGUGAGUAAAAUGGCAAUUAAAAAAUUCAAUUGUCAAAACAGAUAUUCAGUUCUCUCUUUAAAUACCUCUUUUAAAUGUCAAAGGCAAGCAGUUAUCACUUAUCUGUUCCUGCAACAUAAAAUGGAGUGCAGUUUAGGAUUUCUGAGAGUAGUAUGAAAAUAAGGAAUUUGCACUUACUGUAAAUGUCUGCCAGUCCAAUCAAAAGUUAUGCUAUAUGGAAGAUAAAUGUCCUAGCAUUUGUUUGUGCAUUUUCAUAUGUUGAUCAAUACGUUGUUCCAGCAGCUGUAUAGGUCUGAAAAGAGAAUCUCUGCUAUGCUAGGUGAGCUAAGUGACUCUACAAGAGGAAAAGCGCAAAGAAUCUCCCAAAA